CUCCCCGCUGCCCUGCCUAUUUUAGUCCAAGCUGCCGCGGCCCGGCGCCGGGCCCGCCUGGAGCUGGGGGCUGAGCGCAGGGGCGCGGAGCUGACCCGUUGGGGUCGGAGCUGCCGGCACCCACCCUGAAUAAGAAGGGGAGCCGGAGCUGUCCGGUCAGCUCUAGCCUCCCAGCCUCUCAGCCUCCCAGCUAGAGUCCGGCUAGGAUUUGAAACUUUUGUCAUGCAACCCUGGAGCUUGUGCGGAGCGAAACAAAAAGUUCCUCCAUCUGUAAAUUGAUGAUGUUGGAUCAGAUUUCCAUUGGCCCUUCAAGCUAUUGAAAAGGAAGAAACAGCCUUUCCUCAUAACAAAGAAUAAAAAAGAUGGGGGCAAAGUUUAACAUAAUUAAACAAUACAUCUAAGAAGUCUGAUAUCUCUAGAAAAGAAGAAAACGUCUUAUUAUAUGCCUUCUUUAGGACCAAGGAUAUGAUCAUCCUUCCACUUACCCAGGUUCACAACUUUGGAGUGUUCCUGGAUUCCUCAAGUUGCCUUUCUCUGCAUAUCCAAUCAGAUGCUAAGGCAGACCAUAUACCAUGUAAGGACUGAAUCCAAAAUGGGAGGUCAGCUGAAUCUACAAAAAUUAAGAUGGUUUCCUGAAUGCUUUCACUUCCAUAAAGACUAAAGUCAUCCACGCAAGCCCAGAUAUGAGAUGUUCCUGGCUGGUGAACCAGUUAGCCCAAGAUCUGAGGGUGGUGCAGCAAAAGACUCAUUUAUCCGCUUAAGAACUUUCAAAAGAAAUCCAGUCUCAGCCAGCCAUGGGAGAAAAUGCAAGCAUAUGGUGGAACUUGCUAGGUGAACAUCCACUCUGUACAGCCUGGAAACAAGAGGCAGAAGGGUCCAUUUAUCACCUGGCUAGUAUUUUAUUUAUAGUUGGCUUCAUGGGAGGGAGUGGAUUCUUCGGGCUCCUGUAUGUAUUCAGUUUACUGGGCCUGGGAUUCCUCUGCUCUUCAGUUUGGGCCUGGGUAGAUGUCUGCGCAGCUGAUAUAUUCUCCUGGAACUUUAUCCUGUUCAUCAUCUGCUUCAUGCAGUUUGUCCACGUGGCUUACCAAGUCCGCAGUGUCACCUUUGACAAAGAAUUCCACGAGCUCUACAGCUCUCUGUUCCAGCCCCUGGGAAUUACAUUGCCCGUCUUCAGGAAGAUUGUUUUGUGUUGCCAAGUGGUUUCGUUGGAGAAGGAACAUUGUUAUGCCAUGCAGGGCAAAACACCAAUCGAUAAACUCUCUUUACUUGUGUCAGGAAGGAUCAGAGUGACAGUGGAUGGAGAGUUUCUGCAUUACAUUUUCCCCCUUCAAUUCCUGGAUUCUCCUGAAUGGGAUUCACUGAGACCCACAGAGGAGGGUAUUUUUCAGGUAACCCUCAUAGCAGAGACAGAUUGUCGGUAUGUGGCUUGGAGGCGAAAGAAACUGUAUUUGCUCUUUGCUCAGCAUCGUUUCAUCUCCCGCCUGUUUUCUGUUUUAAUUGGCAGUGAUAUUGCUGACAAACUCUAUGCCUUGAAUGACAGGGUGCAUAUGGGAAAAGGCCAUCGCUAUGACAUCCGGUUACCUAACUUCUAUCAAGCAGCCACCCCAGAAAUAGCCAGAUCACCUCUGACAGAACAUUUUCGGAAAAAUACCAGAAGAUACUGACCUAACCAUUUCCAAAUGAUGUCUUUUUUUUAAGUAUAAAAAAUUCUCUCUUUAUCAACCAUUACUCCACCUCUAAAAAUUCUCUUUAUCAUUCCUAGAAUUAAAUAGGAAAAUGAAAUGACCGAAGUAAAGUUCAUCAAUAUUUUUAUAAAUCACACUGGGAAGUCACAGGGCUAAUAUCUCUGGUUAAGUACAGCUAUUUUCAUGCACCAUAUCAAUAUAUUUUUUGCAACUAGCUUACUGUUUUAUGUAUCUCAAAUAUUUUGUCAUAGUUAAGCAGUUGGUAUUGAUUUCUCUGGUGUGUCUGAUUGUUAUUCUUGUGACAGGAGGAGAU